GUGCUAACUGCAACUCAGCUCUCGUCUUCAGUGAUUUUGCUAUCGCUCAAGUACAUUCAAAAACUGCUCAAGAACAACCCCUCAAUUCAUGGACAGCAGGGCUCUGAGUUUCGAUUGUUUACGGUAUCACUCAUGCUCGCCAACAAGUUCCUUGAUGAUAACACAUUCACCAAUAAGACGUGGUCAGACGUUACUGGAAUUAAUGUCAAGGAAAUCAAUGUUAUGGAGAUGGAGUUUUUAAAUCAAGUCCAGUUCAGCUUAUUUGUUAGCGAAGCUGAAUAUCUAGAUUGGCUCCACAGCCUUGAAACUUGGCUUAAACAGCAGGGACAAGCUCAAGGGCCAGGUCAAGGAUAG